AUCCAUCCCUUCAUUCAUAGAAAGAGAAAAUUAGUGAGAGAAAGUGCUGGGGACCCCGCUCUCUCUCUCUCUCUCUCUAUAUAUAUAUAUAUCUUUCUUUUGUACUCACACAUCUAUCAUUCGCUCCUUCUUCUGAUUGAUCAAUCCAUCGCCAUGAGAAUCUUUCUCUGGCAAUUGGUUUGAUCGUCAGACUCAGAGAUAUCAUCAUCACCCAAUCCCUCUCUCUUCAACAAUCAAGCUCUUAUACAUACUGCUCAGAAAUCUCAUAGGAUGUCGACUCCGGCAAGGAAGAGGCUGAUGAGGGAUUUUAAGAGGUUGCAACAAGACCCUCCUGCAGGCAUCAGUGGUGCUCCACAAGAUAACAAUAUAAUGCUUUGGAAUGCUGUUAUAUUUGGUCCUGAUGACACCCCAUGGGAUGGAGGUACCUUUAAAUUGACACUUCAAUUUUCAGAGGAUUAUCCAAAUAAGCCACCAACAGUGCGCUUUGUUUCUCGAAUGUUCCAUCCAAAUAUCUAUGCGGAUGGAAGUAUUUGUUUGGAUAUUCUACAAAAUCAGUGGAGUCCUAUCUAUGAUGUGGCUGCCAUACUUACCUCCAUCCAGUCAUUGCUCUGUGACCCGAACCCAAACUCUCCGGCCAAUUCUGAAGCUGCACGGAUGUUUAGCGAGAACAAGCGGGAGUACAACAGGAGAGUACGGGAGAUUGUUGAGCAGAGUUGGACGGCUGACUGAUUACCCUGGUAGGGUGCGAUUAAACAUCCAAAAAAUAGUUUAAUGGCAUGUUUGAAUAACAUUGAAACUUUAGAAACGAUUGUGUUGCAAACUCCAUGAAUUGUAUUGUGUGCUUAUGUUCUAUGGAUGAAUUUUAGUCCCUAUUUUAGUUCCUGUUGAGCUUGCUGUCUUGCUUUUUGUCGUCCGAGUUAAUGUACAUACAAAAAUUUCUUGUUAAAAACCUGUUGUUGGCCUACUGAGGCUAAUACAAGUACCAUAGACGACCUAGAAUGGUGUUCUAAGAUGUACGAUUGUUGUCCUUAAACUUGUUCCGGUUCUGCUAUGAGAGUAUUUUCUUCUC